AUCUUUCGACACCAGAUAUUUUAGCUGCUUAUGAAGCAAAACGUCUAAGUAAGAAAUUAUUCGAAAAUUCGAUGAUUGACGAUGAUAUUCUUCAUAAUAUUGCCUUCCAGCAUUGCAUGUUAAAAUAGUAGAUGAAAUUUUGAUCAUUGUCUAGAAAUUUUAGAACUAAUCUGUUGAAGGAUUUUGAGAUUUUCCUACAAAUUACAGUAAUAGUUUCAAUAUUUAAUAAAGAGAAUGAGAGUGAGGAUUUGUCCUUUGAGUUAAUAGGAUGAAUCCUCUAUACUGCCGAAAAUCUAAAGAUUGAUAGCUCGUUGUGUUAUCUACCAACAAGGUAUGCAUUGAAAUCGAGCUUUGAGGUUCGGUCUUAUGAUGGAAGGUACCCACAUGUGACUCAUUAAUAGUACUAAUAUUUUGCCUAUAAGUAGAUCUCAACAAGACUACCUCUCUCCUAUUAGAAGUCACCUCUGGAAAGAUGGAUGUGGAAGAUGUAUUAGAAGCCUCGGGGCUUCUAUUACAACUGGAAAAAUUUCGAAUUUUUUUAACAGUUAAUUCCGCUGUCUAAAUUAUAUGUUAGCAUUGAUUUCGCCUUCACCAAUUAAGAAAUGCCCCUGGUGACAUUAAAGUUUCAUCAUUGGAUACAAACUUUAGAGACCACCAACGCUUGGAUUCGUAAAGAACACGUUUGUGUAUGAUCAUCAUUAUGUUGGACGAGAAAUAAUUAUUACCCACUAGUCGUACAUUCACUGAUUUAUAUUUGUUGGAUGUGGGUGUGAGUUUAAUAUGCUCCGCUCUCAGACCAACACUCAUAUCCAUCCCCACAACGGAUAGCAAUCAAGAAUUUUCAUUAUGGUAAUAUUUUGAAAUGUUUAUUUAGCCAAUAAAUAAAAGUAGAACAUUUAUUGGAUUCGUUGAUAUUCGUCAUCUACACACAAGGUCGAGUGCACUAUCAACUUCAUUAAGUUGUAUAAAUGUUAAUGAAGUGAAACAGUGCUAAUUGUGUACUAAAAUUAACAUUCUAACUAAAAACAGUAAUCGAUCAAACUCUUAAAAAUGAAUCGGUGCGCAUUUUAGUCUUGAAAGGUUUUUGUUAAUAAAUGAUAGUUUUCAAGCAGUUUGAGCAUCCACAAACGCAUCUUGCUCUUUCGGUUCAAUAAAUAAUUCAACUUCUUCGUCAUACCGUUGUUUCAAGCGUUAAAAUUGCCUAAUUUUAUUCAUCUCAUGAUCACUAUAAUAAUAAAUGACUACAGUGAUUAUGGAUUUACAUCGUGUAGAAAUCUUUUUUUGUAAAAGAAACAUAGUUUUAAUAGUGCUAUUCUGAGUUGAACCAGGCUAGGCAGGCACUAUAAACUGGUUGGACGGUCCGAGCCGGACCAGGCCAUCAAAAAGUUGCCCGAUUUCAAGACCUGAUGGAUACUGAAACUAAAAUAAUUAUCUUUGUCUCUAUCUCAUUGAGCAUCCGACAAGAACCUCGUUAGUAACUAAACAGAUUGCAAUAUAACACUAAGAUGUUUCAAAUUUAUAGAUAAUAGUAGAGAAGAACAUUUAACUGUAACUAACACAAUUUUAGCUGAGUCCAAUUUUCAUUCAUAUUCUACGAAGACUGAGAAAAAAACCUAAUACCUUAAAAAUAUUUUCUCUAGUUGUUAGAAGUCUCAGUCGUCACUCAGCACGAGCUGCUGGAAGUUCUUCUGCAAGUACAGGAACAUCUACUCCAAGUAAGAGAACUAUUGGAGGAAGAGAAAAAAAUGUUGACGAUAAACCUAGUUUAAAACAACAAUUUUCAUUGACAAAUUCAUCAUCAACAUUAGAUAUGCAAGAAGAAUCAUUAUCUGAUUUAUCAACUCGUGAAUUAAAUGUAAACGAAAUAGUAGCUAUAACGAAUAUUCAAAAAAGUAUUCGAGGUUUUUUACAACGUCGUAUUACGUUUGCUCGUACAUCUGGUACAGAAAAAAAUUUAUUUAUUCAACAAAUAUUACAAUCGAACAUGUCUUUACUUAAAGCUGAUCAAAAUAAAUCAGCUUUACUUCUUUUUAAAAAUUUCAUAUCAAUCAAACCAGAAUUAAGUCAAUGUUUUACAUUUGAUAAUGAUGAUUGGAAUAUGAUCACAUAUCGAGAUUAUAAUGGAAUAUAUCAAGAACAACCAGCUAAUAAUUGGUUUGUUUUAUUUCGGUACAGAAAAAUCCGUUCAUUUGUUUUAUUUUAAAAUUAAAAAAAAACAUAAUAAUGUGAUGUUUUAGAGAAAUUUUUUAUAUUAAUGAAGAAAGUGUAAUCGCUGCUAAAUUUCUUUCACAUUUAUCAAAUACACUUUUACAU